GGGGUAUCAAUAAUGAUCAUUCUGUCUGCUAAGGCUUUACUCUAACCUUUCACCACACCAAAGCCUUCCCUUUAAAAACUCUCCUUUACUCCUGGUCACUUUUGACAAAACAAUCACCUCUAAUGGUGCAGUUGGUGGAAAUGGAAAUAAAUCAGUCCUGUGAUUUAAUCAGUUUCAUCUGAAAGUGUGAUGGGGGAAACUGCGUAAAAACAUCAACAGAUUUCCCUUGUUUUAGUUGCAAGCCCACUAAUGAUUUUCAUUAUAUCUGUUAUAUCUGUUGAUUAUUUUCUCAAUUAACUGAUUAGUCGAGGAAAUGGUGAAAAAUGCCCAUCACAAAUUCCCAGAGCCCAAGGUGACAUCUUCAAAUGUCUUGUUUUGUCCAAGCAAUAGCCCAAAGAUAUACAGUUUGCUGUCAUAGAAGACUCAAGAAACCAGAAAAUACACAUUUGAGAAGCAGAAACCAGAGAAUUUUGGCAUUCUUUCUUAAAAAAUGCCUCAAAACAGUUAUUGGAUUAUCAGAAUAGUUGGCAAUUAAUGUUCUGUCGAUCAACUAAUCGAUUAAUUGCUGCAGCUCUAAUAGUCUAAAAUCAAAAUGUACUCCUAUACAGAGAUGAAACUUGACGCAGAAGACAAAAUGUGGAAAUUGGCCAGGACACUCUUUUGAGGUCUGGCUUUGCAUAAGUAAGUUAGUUUACAAAUGUUUUUUUGUAAACAGUGUCACAGCUCUUGUCAAUCAGAUUUAUUUGUCUUUCUAAUACCAUUGUAUUUCUAAUAUCUAGCCUGAUUUCCUGCAUCUGCAUAGUAAUAGGAAAUGGUGAAACUUUUCAAAGAAUAACAUAGCUUACGGCUAUCAUAUGAGCUCGCAGCUGAUACUCUGUCAGUAAGUGAUUGAUUACCAUUACUGAUUUGAAAAACAGAUUUUAAAAUAUAUUUAACAGUAGUGUAUGCAUCUAAAACUGUCACAAUAAGGAUUGAAAAAUUAGCAAAACACAAAUCACAACACCACUAAUUCAAAAUAGAGCAAAGAUCAAAGGGCUUAAAAUUGUUGUGUCAAGGUUUCCUGCACCCCUACAAUAAUCACAUAAGACAGAUAUAAGUAUAAAAACUAUUAGAUCAUUUUUAACAAUGCCUUAUUUGUGAGUUUGGCAGUUCUUUGGGAACAAGGGCUCCUUUUCAUUUGGAUUAGUUUAAGACUAGUUCAUCUUAGUUCACUGUAUAUCCCCUCUGAGCAAAGGACACACUUGUGACUGUACACUGUGUAAAAUGAUACAGCCCUGUGUUAUCCCAUGCUUCCCUCCACCACAGAGCUGUCAUUGGCUGAGUCUUUAUUCACACAAGGGUACACUUUGCCCUGACAGUACCUUUUUUACAGCUUGUUCAUUUCGCUUCAAGAGGUGCUUGUCUUUCUGUCUCACUUACUUCACGUACUUGUGCAAUCACAGUUAAAUAAAACAUGGACAUCAUCAAAUUGUAGAUAGGGAAGCGAAAAAAAAUCUUAGCACACAUUCCUGGAGCAUGCUUUAGCUUUCUAAACCAUUUACAGUAAACACCAGGUUUUGUUUUCUUUCAUUUAGAAUCAAAGAGCAAGAGUUUCUCUUUAGGAACAUUAUUUGGCACUAAUGUUCAACAAUGAUUAUGAUGUUCCAAGAAGAGGCUAAGAUUCUAGUUUGUCUAAUUUUUCUACUAAGUUGAGCCGGCACCAGUUUGCAUUCUUUUAUUAGACACAUUUUCAAUUUUUAUUACGAGCUCAUGAAAAGAGAUUCACAGUGAUGUGAAAAUAUUUCUGCAAUGUUCUUAGGAGUACAACAUAUAGACCACUUACUAGUUACUUCCUGUCACAUGGGCACAGAACGUACGUGCAUGUUAGCUGGCUGUCAACUGUAGUCUUUGCAGCAUCUUAAAGUGCAACUUUUAACAGAAGAUGUGAGGCAGUUGGUCUUUGUUGCUUCUUGUUCUUUUGAAGUCAGAUUUUUAUGUUAAGGCAAGAUAGACCCAAUGCAAUACAUGUUGCAUUUUGAGAGUAAGUGAAAUGUAGGCAAUUACUGACCGAAAAAGACAAAGGCACAUGGAGGGAACGUGGAAACUCACAAAACGGUUGCUGCUGGUUGCAGGGCCCUGUAGAGCAGAAGAGCUGUGCUAUUCCCCCUUUUUCCUCUCAUGCCCCCCCGUGUGUUUCCCUGUGUGUAAGUGACCCCGCACCCCCACCCACCCCCACCUGAUCCCUCCUGUCGUGUCGCCACUCCUGCCUGAAGCCCCCCUCUCGCCCCAUGCUUGGGACAAAGCCAGUUCACUGCCAGCCCAAUGACUGCCUGGAUCGUCCUGCCUGUCAGCCUGUCUGCCUUCUCCAUCACAGGAAUAUGGAUAGUGUAUGCCAUGGCUGUGAUGAAUCACCAUGUUUGUCCUGUGGAGAACUGGUCUUACAAUGUAACAUGCACAGAGGAGCUGCCCCGACCAGGCUUCCCCAAAACAUGCUGCACCAUCCAGGACAUCCCCCUCAUAAGUAAAUGUGGCUCCUUCCCUCCUGAAAGCUGCCUGUUCAGCCUGAUCGGUAACGUUGGAGCCUUCAUGGUGGUGAUGGUGUGCCUUCUGCGCUACGCCCAGGUGAUCGAACACAGCCACCGAUGUUGGGUCAACACCAGCGCUCUGGUGUCCGGCCUCACCAACGCUGUGGGUCUGGUCAUGGUGGGCAACUUCCAGGUUGAUCACGCCAAAUCUCUACACUACGUGGGCGCUGGUGUGGCAUUUCCAGCAGGGCUGCUGUUUGUGUGCCUGCAGUGUGUGCUCACCUACCGUAUGGCUAUGACCGCCCUCGACUACUGGAUGGCCCAUUUCCGUGUGGCUCUGGCGCUGGGAGCCAUGGUAUCCCUCGUCCUCAGCGGCAUCUUCUUCAUCCAUGAGAGCUUCAUCCUGCAGCACGCUGCAGCCAUCUGCGAGUGGGUCUUCACAGUGGACAUUCUGGUCUUCUACGGCACCUUCACCUACGAGUUUGGCACUGUCACCAGCGAGACCAUGAUGACAGGCCUGCAGCAGAGUCACCACCUCGGAUCAGGGGUUAUCAUGGGCCCCAGGGCCCGGGGCUCGACAUUGGGCGGGGCGACUAAGGGCCUCAAGUCCCCCGGGGGAAGCAGCACAUCCACACAUCUCAACUGUACGCCGGAGAGCAUAGCCAUGUUGUAGCUCUGCAUCGCGGCACAAAGGUCUGAAAUGUCACUGCAGAGGUGCUUCAUGGGCUCCCACAGGAAGGCAAGGCAACAGAGGCAUCAUGUGGAGGAAGAGAGGAAGUUCUGAUAUCUUUAACCAUUUAUCCCAUCAGUAAUGCAGUUCUAUCUUUCUUACUUUAUUUUAUUUUGUUUCCACCGUUGGUACAAGCCACUACAGUCAAAUGUCCUGUUACAUUUUCUGUAGCGAUGUUGAAAGGAGGGCUGAAUGUGUGGAGCCAGUUUGAGUACUGGAACCAUGAAUGUUUUGCUGGCUGCUGAUUUGGGUAAUUCUUCACAAGAAUAGGUUGUUUCCUGAAUGGAAGUUUUUCUUCUUUUGUUUCUAUAACUGUGCAUCACUGGUUUUCCCUUCCCCAGACACUCCUUCAUGAACUACCCGAUGCUUUGCGUGCCCCACCUGUUUUGGCCUUUUGCUUAUCUCUGCACGGCAUUUUGAAUGAAAGAACAACAAUAGCAAUUUAUGUUUGAGUUAUGAAUUUGCGUAGUAAGUAGAAAGUACUGAAUGUUUGAGAAGUGAAUAGUUAACAGUUAUGUAUGUUUUACAGGCUGUAAGCGUAUGGCCUUUUUAAUCAAUCAAUCAAGCAUAAAUUAUCUGUCAAAUUAUUGGCAAAAAUCAUUAAUUUCACCUGACAAUUUUAUUUGAUUGCACAGAUGAUUUUAAUGCAAAUUGUGAUGGUAUUUUUUAAAUAAUUUUACAAAAUAUGUAUACAUGUAUCUUGAGCCACUAUCACUCUUGAGAUCAUAAUCCAUUUCAUUGACAUGUGAGUGCAGGAUGGCUGCAUAAGAAAAAAAAAAACCUACUGGUCUGUUCUGUUGUAACGACUCGGACUGUGUGCAUCUCAAUCGCUUUUUUUAACUGAGAUUCUCUGAAGUAGUCUCCCUGGAUGUCAUUCCAUUCUUGUCUCACAAGUUGCAUUUCUUUGUGACAUUUUCAUUUCAUGCUACCUUUUUAUUUCAUUGACUGUCAUGUCCGGUGCAAUAAUUACCAUGAAUCAUCUGAUAAUUUAUGCUCCAUUGGAGCGAAUAAUGCCUUUUUCAGUGUGUUGGAGUUGAACACAGGACUUUUUUUUUAUUUUUAUUUUUUUUUAUUAAAACAAGUGACACCAAGACAUUUGAAGUGACCUACAUCUUACAGUAUAACAAGUGGGUGUGUGUAGGUAAAACUAUAAUCCAACUAAUAUUUUUGCAGAAUAACAAUUAUUCACACAUUGAUUUGAUUCAAGGCUGGACCCUUGGAAGCCUUAUUUGAGUUUUGAGAAUAGGUUUUCUGUUAAAUAUUCAGUGAUGUGAAGCCUUCUCAGUACUUACAGGGGAGGAUUUGUUCACAGGCUUUAACUGCGAGGUGAAUAUGAUGCUUGCAGACCUUGUGCCAUAAACCUCAUGGCGUUACAAUGGUGUCAAUACAGUGUUAGAACCAGACAAUUCCACACAGGACUGAAGUGAAAGCGUGUCAUAUAUUGAGGUUUCUGUAUGAUUUCCUGUUGCCAAUUUCUCUUAGUAAUCAUUACAGUUGAAUUAGCUCAACACCAGACUGCCACAAACUACCACUCUUCAAACUAAAGCUGACUAAUGCCACCUGAUAUAACACUCAGAUUAAGUUCUUGUUUAAGUGAGUGAGCCGUUGUUGUUUCAUCACACACACAGUAUUCUGCUCUCUGCAUAGUGUUGAUACAUUUUUAACUGUCUAACCACUGGAUGCCAGCAAUACACGUUUUUAAAAAGGUCACAUCACCUACCUCUUAUCUUUUGUGGGUUUGAUGUUCUGAGGUAAAAGCUAGAGUUCCAACAUGUUUUCCAUCUCACAAUGGUUUGAGGUUGAGAAAAGUAUUUAAUAUGAUAGCGGCUCAGCAAUCCACAGCUCAAUCCACAAAGAUCUGUCUCGAUGAGUGUCAGCGUUUGACAGGACAGUGGAUCUGCUGUCACACGAGUUGCAUAAUCAUGUGUCAGGUCAGUUUUCUUUACUUUUCAUGCAAAUGAUUUAACUUCCCUUUCUUUCUGGGACUGCAGCAAUCCUAAUCUUGCCAAAAAAGACUGGAAUCCAAUGGAGCUUUGAUUGGUUUUCUGUGAGUCGGCAGUAGGUGUAUGAAUUGGUAUGAGUGCACUGUUUUAGCCUUAUCCCUCGUACUGUGCCAGGGGAACAUGUUCAGAUAGUUUCUUUUUGUAUCUUGUGUUCAGCUGUAGCCUAUUUCACCAUACUGUAACUAAGUCACAAGGUGUGACUACAAAUGGCAGCUUGUAUGAGUCCUCACAUCAGGGUUGGAUUUAUUCUGUAACAGCAUCUUAUCCAUAAUACCAUCUUCCACAGGCCAAAAUUUAAAGGUGGAUUCUACAACCUUUUUUCUUUUCGUUCUGUCAAACUGUACACCUCAGUAAGCUGUCACAUGGUAUCUUUGUUUGUGGGAGAAUCCUAUAUUCAAAAGGCUGCCUGACCUGUACAUGUCUUGAACUCUAGCAACAACAACACAGAAACAAAUGUCUCUAAAAAUGUAUUGGUCAUAUUUCCUCAAUUUGAAAAUUAUGUAAGAGAAUGGUAAUGAGUCAGAGAAAUCCCAGAAAACAAGUCAACACAGGUGAUUUUGUUUCCUUUUAUAAAUUCUGUAAAUAUGUAUGAUUUGUCUAUCAUUUAGGUAUUUUCAUUUGACAGAGAUUUAUAUUCAAAUAUGAAAUAAAAAUGAUAAAUUAUUCGCA